CAUCUAAAAGUUAAUCAAAAUCGGUGAUGUAGUAAUAUCACCCCCGCCUGGUCCUCUCAUGGACACACAUAGCCUCCAGAUUCCACCGAUUGCUUACUAUUCUCAACGGCAAUAACUUAUUUUAUUUGGAAGCUUUCUGCGGCAAAUCUACGCAGCCAUCAUGGAACACAGUUCGGUAAACAGUGCUUAAGCCAAGGCAUGUUUAUUCGCUUUAACUUCCACUUUCGUUUUCCCGGAAUUGUGUGAAGCGCUUAGUCACCGUUGACAGUCAACAGUGGAAAACUCACAUUGAUGGGCUAGUUCUCGGCUUUCAUUCUUCAACUGUGUAAGGUCUCGCUUAAUUGAGUGUCUAUCAUGGGAUCAUCUCUUCCAAAACCAGAAUUUCAAUCUCACAUAUGUGACAAGAAGGUGAAAAGAGAAGAGGACAUUGUUUUCCGAUGUGAGGCAAAUACAGACCAAUUGGAAGUCAUCUGGGAGAAGAAUGGGCAAAGGCUAUAUGAUGGUGACCGUGUCAGCAUUAGUAAGAGCGGAAAAGACUUGAGUCUCACGAUAAGCAAAGCCAAGGAAGAGGAUGAAGGGAAAUACACUAUAACCCUGAGAAAUGAUAAAGGCACCGCCUCAGAGUCCGCUUCAGUCUCUCUACCUCAAUUUGACAGAGAUUGGAGGACUAUUAAUUGGGGAAAGAGUGUCUCAGUAAAGAAAAGUCUGCAAGAGUAUAAACUCAGUGGCCAAGGACCCAAACAUCUGCGUUUCCUGCUGCAUGGGCCUGUGGGGGCAGGGAAGUCCAGCAUCAUCAACUCCAUCAACAGCAUCUUCCAGGACCAAGUCAAAGUGGGGGCACUGGCAGCCGCCACUUCAAGUGAUUUGAGCUUCACUAAAGUUUACAAAACCUGGCAAAUCAAAGACAAGCAGAUGGGGCUUCUGCCGUUUGUCUUCAGUGACAUCAUGGGACUUGAGAAAUUAGAUGGAGGGAUACACACUGAUGACAUCAUCAGUAUAUUAGAGGGACACAUUCAAGAGAAUUACAAGUUUAAUUCAACAUCCCCGCUGUCCAAAGAAGACACAAGCUACAACAGUAGCCCUACUCUGGAUGAUAAGGUUCACUGUCUGGUCAGUGUUCUCUCAGCAAACACCAUCCAUCUGAGAGAAGAAAAUGAUGAUUUAAUGAAGAAGAUGAGAGAUGUCAGAGAGCAUGCCAGUGGCUUAGGCAUCCCACAAGUGGUCUUCAUGACACAUGUGGACUUGGUAUGUCCGCUUGUGAAGGACAACUUAAAUAACACCUACUCCAGCAAGUCCAUCAAGAACAAAAUGGAAGUGUGCAGUAACACGUUGGGUGUCCCCAUGAACUGCAUCUUCCCAGUGAAGAACUACCAUGAGGAGAUACAUCUGAAUGAUAAUGUGAAUUGUUUAAUUCUGAAUGCUCUUAAGCAAGCAGUUGCUUUUGCAGAUGACUAUGUGAGCAACUAACUUGUAAUAGUAAAAGUGAUUUUGUGGUGUAUCAUGAUUCAAAAUAUUACAUAUGAGUAAUUAAAAUGUCACACUAAUUUUG